UUGGCUCGAUACAUCGAUAGACCACCGCGAGUCAUUGUAAAGAAAGAAAUUCCGACUUCGAUUUUCAGCCAACGUGCCGCCAUCGCCCAAGCGUUUGACGAGUAUAAAGAGAAGACGUGCAUACGUUUUGUGCCACGAGAAAAUGACGACGUCGACUACAUCUACAUCAAGAGAAAUGUUGCAUUCGGUUGUUCAUCCUAUGUUGGCCGUGCCGGUGGCAAUCAGACAGUCUCGCUUGAAGUCGACAAGUGUUUCUCGAAGGGAAUUAUCGCCCAUGAAUUAAUGCAUGCGCUUGGAUUUUUCCAUGAGCACUCAAGAACGGAUCGUGACAAAUACGUCGACAUACAGGAGGACAACAUCAGGGCAGGAAUGAUGAGAAACUUCGAGAAGUAUCCACGAAAAAUUAUCGAUCCGUUAGGAAUGCCGUAUGACUACGAUUCGAUCAUGCAUUAUCAUAAACUUGCGUUUAGUCGCAAUGGAAAGCCGACAAUCGUGCCGAAGAAUCGCUCGGUUGAAAUUGGACAACGCUAUAAACUCAGCGAAAUUGACGCCAAGAAGAUAAACAGACUCUAUAAGUGCAAAGGUUAUUCCAAGACCACGACCACUUCAAAGCCGUCAGCCACUACAACUGCAUCUACUACAACCAGACCUACCACCAUUUCCUCUACAGCAAAAACAAAAUCCGGGCGUGGACGAGGUAUUACACGGCGAACAUCUACCACUAGAAGGCCAAGGAUAUUCAUAACAACCAAGUCGGCCACCAUAACUACUACUACCACUACUACCACCGCUACUACCACCACUUCUUUUAGGCGAUCGGCAGAAAAAUGUGUUGAUCUGAAUGCACAUUGUGGAAUGUGGGAGCAACUUGGACAUUGUAAACAUUCUACCAAAUACAUGUCACAUUAUUGUAGAAAAUCUUGCGGAUUCUGUAAUGAUGGAACGAUAUCCAAUACUCUAACGACAUUUGGCAGCAAAAAAGGACAAGGACGUGGCGGUACAGGCAAAGGUGGGAACGAAAAAACUGGUGGAGUACAGGAAAAGUGUACCGACAAGAACCUCUUCUGCGGUUAUUGGGCAAAAAUCGGAGAAUGUAACAGCGGCAGUAAAUUCAUGAAAAUCUUCUGCAAAGCCUCAUGUGGUCGAUGUUAA